UUGCAGGUACUAAACAACAGAAAAGUUCCCUAUGUGCUUGCUAAAGGAAAAGUUGGUGUCGACAACGAUAGAGAUGUGGAAAAUGAAUUAGCUACGCUAAAUGUGACUCACGUCGUUUGCGUUACGGGUAGAACUCAUGGAAAUGGGAUCAACACCAUUGAGUACCUUGAAGGUGGUUCGGAUCGCACUUAUGAGAAUGUCCGCGAUAACUUGUAUAGUGCCACAGUCCUUGCACAUCUAUGUCGCAAGCUAGGAAUCCAUUUUACAUAUGUUGGAACUGGCUACAUUUUCGCUUACGAUGCUAAACAUCCUAUUGGUGGUAAAGGCUUCACAGAAGAAGACACAACUACGUUCUUUGGCUCAUCCUAUUCCGUCGUGAAAGGCUUCACUGACCGACAAAUGUCCUACUUCAACGAUAAGGGUUGGGAGAAUAUCAACGCAAGGAUUACGCUACCACUCACAUAUGAGUUGGAUCAACCGAGAAAUCUGCUCUCAAAGAUCAUCAACUACAAGUUAGAAAUUCUUUGUUUUUAUGAAAGUGAAGUUGAUGGAUCAAUUUGUUAUAAACUGGCGUCGUUGCGUCAUUUUUGUCUGGAAAAUAUUGCUUGCUGCUCUGAUACAUUGCAAUUAUGCUAA